AUGCGAGUGUACGUCGGAGUGCUUUUGAUAUUGUACUGCUUCGGAGGAACAGAAGCGUAUUCAAAAUGGCCUCGCGUGUGUAUUAAAGACGGAUGUUUAAGAGGAACUUGGCUGAGAGAUAGCGUUGACAGUCCCUAUGCUGCGUUUCUGGGUAUUCCUUUUGCCAAACCGCCCGUCGGAGAUCUUCGAUUUAAGAACCCACAACCAGCUGAUUCAUGGGAAGGUGUAUACAACGCAACAACAGGCAAAGACGCAUGUAUUCAAAAAAUUUCACUAAUUCCUGGUGCUCCAACGUUUGGUGGAGAAGAUUGUCUGUAUUUGAAUGUGUUUGUACCGCAGAAUGCGUACUCUCCUGCGCCACGACCUCUCCCCGUCAUGGUGUACAUUCAUGGCGGUGGCUUUUUCUAUGGAUCGGCCCGAUUAAGCGAACUUGAUCCGGCGAGAAUUAUGACACAACGGAGGGUAGUGGUCGUCACGCUACAGUAUCGUCUCGGAGUUUUAGGGUUUUUCUCUACGGGUGAUAGUUCGGCGUCAGGAAACUACGGCCUGAAGGAUCAAGUCAUGGCCCUUCGCUGGGUCCAAAGUAAUAUCCGUGCAUUCGGAGGAGAUCCCGGACGAGUCACUAUCAUUGGUCACAGUGCCGGUGGUGUCAGUACCCAGUUACACAUGAUGAGUCCGCUGAGUCGUGGACUAUUCCAUCGGGCCAUAUCAAUGAGUGGAAGUGCCCUUGCCAAAUGGACUGCUCCGAUUCCCGAUCCGUUGUCUGUGGCAAGGACCCACGGUCGUAUUUUGGGCAUCGCGGAUGCGGAAUCCAUGCCCACAAUCGAACUAGUAGAAAAAUUUCGAGGGAUCGACGCAGACAUUUUGACAAAUAGUAUUGAUCUCUUGAAGGUUUGGGAUAUUCACCCUAUCUCCCCAUACCGUCCGGCUGUCGAAUCUCAAGAUGAGCCGGAUGCGUUCCUGACUGAAGCUCCCAAUACAGCCUGGAGUCAUGGGAAACAUGCGGACGUUGAUUGGUUGACGGGAUCUAUACCAGCCGAUGCUUCGGUUUUCACCCAAACGAUCUAUCGGAACGAGUCGUUGGUCACAGAUCUGAACCUCAGGUUUUCUGAAAUUCUUAAACUUUUUCUGCUAACGGAUAUAUCAUCCAAACAGUUGAAACGCUUAAGGCAACGAUACUUUAAGACCACUCCUCCUGACAAAUGGGUUACACCUACAAAUUACGGAGAAAUCACUACUAUGCUCUCGGAAGCCGAAUUUCUAUAUCCUAUGAUCAAAAGUGUCAAGGAGCAGAUUCAAAACCGAAAUCAAGCAGGAUCCACUAGCGUGUACUCCUUCCAAUUCCAAGGACGAUACUCCUACUCACGAGUCUUCACCGGUACCAAUCAGUCGUACGGACUGACCCAUGCAGAUGAGCUGAUUUACCUUUUCAGAAUUCCUGUAUUCUUCCCUGAGUUUCCUCCCGGUUCACCCGAAGCAGAAAUGUGUCAGCUGUGGGUUAAGUUUCUGGUAGAUUUUGCGACAAAAACGAACAUCAAAAAGGAAGGAACUUGCACCGCACUUCAAUGUAAUGUGGUGACGUUCGGAAACACUAACAACGUUUAUUUCCCAGUCAAUAAAACGCUCGUACCUGGGUUAGGUGACGACUUGUACCGGUUUUGGAGGAAAUUUUAUGGAGAAUAA